UACCAGAAACUAGAACUUCACUAAUCCGGUCAAUUUUCCCGCAAAAUUCCCCCUUCUGUUACUAAUUUUCCCGGGAAAUUUUAACUCCGUCGAGAAAAUCAAGCCCCUUCACCCCCAUAGCAUUCCCCACCUACUCCAUCAAAACAGUACCCACAACCCUCUUCAGCUUCCCCUGCUCCCCCACAGUCUAGGGCUCUUCCCGCUCUUCCACCACCACCAUGGACGGCACAACACCACCGUCCACCUCCACUUCUGACAUUACCACCUCCACCACUCCUCCUCCUCCUCCUAAGACCCCAUUAAAAAACCACCUGAUCCCAAACCUCAAUUCCUACCACCCCUCCCCCUCGCGGACCAUCUACAGUGACCGCUUCAUUCCCAGUCGAUCUUCUUCCAAUUUCGCCCUCUUCAACCUCUCUCCGUCCUCGCAUUCCUCCACCUCCGAUGACUCUACCAAUGCCUACACUGCCCUCCUCCGCACGGCCCUUUUCGGCCCUGACUCAGCUGGAGUCGUGCCCCCUGUCACGCCGGAUAAAUUAUCUGGGAUAAAUGGAAAGAAUUUGCAGAUUAAUCCUCCUAAUUGUAAUAUUUUCAAGUUUAAGACUGAGACCCGGAAGUCUUUGCAUUCUUUGUCCCCUUUCGGGUUUGAUGAUCAGCUCCCCGGUGUCUCCCAUAGCCCUGUUAAGACUCCAAGAAAAGUCCCUAGGUCUCCUUACAAGGUUCUUGAUGCACCAGCAUUGCAAGAUGAUUUUUAUCUGAAUCUUGUGGACUGGUCCUCGCAUAAUGUAUUGGCUGUGGGAUUAGGGAACUGUGUUUAUUUGUGGCAUGCUUCUAGCAGCAAGGUAGUGAAGUUGUGUGAUUUGGGAAUAGAUGAUAGUGUGUGUUCAGUUGGCUGGGCACAGCGUGGUACACAUCUUGCUGUUGGAACUAGCAAUGGGAAGCUCCAGAUUUGGGAUGCCUCUCGUUGCAAGAGAGUAAGAACAAUGGAGGGACAUCGUUUGAGAGUUGGUGCAUUAGCCUGGAGUACGUCUUUGUUGUCUUCAGGAAGCCGUGACAAAAGCAUUCUUCAACGUGAUAUACGAGCUCAAGAAGAUUUUGUUAGUAAGCUAAGUGGACACAAGUCAGAGGUUUGUGGACUGAAGUGGUCUUAUGACAACCGAGAAUUGGCAUCAGGUGGAAAUGAUAAUCGACUUUUUGUUUGGAACCAGCACUCAACACAACCCGUAUUGAAAUACUGUGAGCACACUGCUGCUGUUAAAGCAAUUGCUUGGUCCCCACAUAUGCAUGGACUUCUUGCUUCUGGUGGUGGGACAGCUGACCGUUGCAUACGGUUCUGGAACACCACCACUAACUCACAUCUCAGCUGUAUGGACACAGGCAGUCAGGUGUGCAAUCUUGUGUGGUCUAAGAAUGUCAAUGAACUUGUCAGCACUCAUGGGUACUCUCAAAACCAAAUAAUAGUGUGGAGAUAUCCUACAAUGUCAAAGUUGGCUACCCUCACGGGGCACACUUACAGAGUUCUUUAUCUUGCCAUCUCACCAGACGGACAGACAAUUGUUACUGGAGCAGGAGAUGAAACACUUAGAUUCUGGAAUGUGUUCCCUUCACCAAAAUCUCAGAACACGGAGAGUGAAAUUGGAGCAUCAUCUUUGGGAAGAACUCAGAUUCGGUGACUCUAGCAAGUUUUUCAGGUGUCACACUCUUUGAUAAUUAUUUGUUGUCAUGUUGAUGCAAACAAGCAGAGGUUUUCGUCUGUUUGCCAUUAAGUGAAGGAAGCUGGAAAAGUUGUAUAAAAUUACCUCUUGGAGCCUAGCUUUGCAGCAGCAAACAAGCACCAGUGCCCAGAUAUAGUAGAGGCCUAGAUUCUGGCAAAGUGACAACUUGAUUUAUUAGUUUUUUUAAUCCCAAUUGUACAGUGAGAGAUGUUAUUUAAUGCUCAAUAGCACUCUCCCUCGCCUUGUGUAUGAUAGAGAGAGCUUAUUAUGUACGGGAAAUUAACUGUAGCAUGGAACUCAAUGCUGACAUUGUAAAUAAUUCACAAGUUAUUCAAGAUUCAAGACUGCUCAAAUUAGCCACC